AGUUUCCAGCAAGCACCACCAUGCCAGCUGUCAGCUUAACCAUUGACAGUCCCUCAGAGAUGGCAGCUGUGCAUCCCCGUGUUCUUGGGGCUGGGGAGGACACUGUUGCAACAGAAGCAACUGCCAGCUGAAGCUCUUUAUGCCAGUGGUAGAGAAGGAUGGGAGCGUUGUGGAGGGCUGUUUGCUUCCACCAGCAAAAGGGAAACUUUUGUUGUUCCCUGAGAACAGUAACGUGGUGGUGGUGGUUGCAAUGAAAAUGCCAAUAGAUGGGAACAAUGAGCAUUCUUGCAGUCAGACACAGCAGAGUCCCUGGUGAGUUGUGCUGGGUCUGCUCUCUUGGGUGUUAGCAGGAGACAGGGAGAGCCUUGCACUCGUUAGCAUAUAGAUGUGCAUCCUAAUUGGACUUUUGCUGUAGCUGUAAUUAGCCCACACCAUUGGGACAGGCUCCCUUAAAGGAAGAAUGAGCUGUUGGGUGGGAAUAGGCUUGAGCAUCUCCUGGAUAUUUACAAUGGAUUAGGCUUUUUAUUUUAGGGUCAGCGCAGCCUUAACCUGUGUGCAGUGCUUUAUGGCUAAUGCCAGCAUUGCUUCUGGGUGCAAAGCACAUGUGAGGAUUGCCUGCAUGCCUGAUGGACUUAAAAGGGGAAAGGGGAACUUGAAAAGAUCUCUUCCCUCCACUGCUCGCCCUCAUUGGUCCCAGCUUCCUCCUACCUCUUUCCAGGACAGUGAGAAAUGAAACGUGUGAUAGAACCCAUCUUUCUGCCCCUCCAGCUGUUGGCACAUCUGUUAGGAGGACGUGAUGCAGGUUACCAUAUGGCUGCAACUGAAAAUCUGACUGCUCCCAUAGAGCCAAGCUAAUAUUUCAGCAUGCUGUCUCUCCCCAGCCAGCACACAGAGACCCUCAGGUUGAAUAUUGGAGCUCUUCUUGUCUUCUCAGGGCACGAAGCAGAGUAGAUGUAACCCUCGUGCUGUACCAUGCAGCAGUGCAUUGGUGCUUGGUGGCCGUCCCCACCUCUGGAGGUGGCUUAUGAGCAGAGAGCCCAAAUCUGGAGCUGCUCUUCGUGGAUCACUGCAGUCACACAGCAAAGCAAAAUAGGCAGAAAUAGAAGCUGGAAUGCCUGAGCCCACAUGCAGCAGAGUUGGAGCUUGGAAGUGUGACAAACAAAUAAAGCUCAGUGCUAACUAGUUGCAGCUUCACUGGGCCACGGGUAUUUGUUAUGAAGCAAAGCAAGGGAGCUGCACUUCUUCCAGAUCACUGCAAAGAGAUUGAAGGGGUCUGGCCCUGUCCAUAGGUGGGGUUCAGCAUGGCUGUGACAGCAGUUGUGCAGAUGCAGCAGCCCAGCUGUGUGCCAGGCACGGUUGCUCAACACCCAUUUCUAGCAAGGAGGAGAAUUAGGAUAGCACAGCACCUGGCUGCAGAGGUGCACAGUGAUUUAAAGGCUUUCAGAUCUAUUAGCACUAAUUAACGUGUUGGGAAGCUGGAAGCCAGCUUGGGCAGCACAGAACUUGAGCAGCUCCUAAAUUGGUCAGGGCAGGCUCUGCCCAGUCUUUACUUUGACCUCUCCAGCAUGCACUGAAGUAGUUAGAUCUUGGUGACACCAGAGCCUUGUGACACUUUGCUCCUGGAGGAUGAGCUAACAGUUCAUCUGCUGAGUCUAAACAGUUGUGCUCUCUCUGUGCACAUUUGUGUACACAUGUGAGUGAGGGGGCAGCCCACAGCUUAUUCUUUUGUAGCCUAUUUGAUGCUGAGAUGAUGCUCCAGGCGUUGCCUUCAUCUCGAUGGUCACUCGUUUGUUAUUGGUGUAACCCAGCAGCAGACUGCAGACCCACGGAUGGUCCUCCAGAGCAUCUUUUUGUUGCUGUGAGUGCAGGCAGGAAGCAAGGCAGAGGGUGAUCUACAAGCAUUGGGACGCAGCCAGGCUUUGGAUUAAUGCAUCAUGAGCAUCGUUUCACCAUCUUUUGAUAGAGUGAGUUUUUCCUAGCCGUGGAGCAGAUUAAAGUAGCACAGAAAAAAAGGCUUUAAGAUUAAAAAAAAAGAGUCUGAUGGAAGCUUUCUUCUGCAUUACAGCUUUGAUAUCUCACGUCUUUCACAACAGUUACAAAUUAGUGAUAAAUAACAUCUGAGGAGAGAGGAAUAGUAGAGAGGGAAAGAUGUGGUUUUAAUUGCAAUCUGGGCCAACAAAGAAGGUAGUUAAUACAGAGGGAAGCUGUCCAGUGGCUGAAACUGCAAACUCGUUUUGCUGGUGAUUUCUCUAAGUGUUCUUUUUAUACAUCUAAAUAACAAGUCACAUUUAGAAAGGCUCCCCCUCCUCUUCCAGGUAGAGAAAUGGAGGCCUGUCCAGUGUAAGUAAUUUGUGAAGCUGGUGGCAGAAGGAGGAGGGAAAUCCUUAUCUGUUAACUUUGAGCUUGAAGCACAAUCUCUUCUUGUAAUGUGCUCUGCAGGACAGCUCUCUCUUUGCUGCCUGUUGACACAUUGAGGCAAACAAAAAGUCUGGGUUUUGUUUCAGGCUUGCGUGAUGUAUUCCAGAAAUGAGGGACCAGAGGAUAGAAAAUGAUCACUCUUUAUUCCCUUUACUGCCAUAGCGCCUCUCUGAGCAAAUGAAGGAUGAUGUGUUCACUUUGCUGGUGCCCUGGAAACACAGAAAGACACAGAAAGACCUGGUGAUUCUGCCCCCAGACCUUACAACACGUCCCAAUGGUGCGUUGGCAAAGCAGCCCUGGUUCUCUCUUAAACCACUCCUGCAUGGAUUUGCUUGCAUCUCUCUGAUGGCCAAUGUGUUGAUGCUCAUCCUGCCAGCUCAACUGGAGCUGAGCAGCUUCAGGAUGCUGCAGAUGCAUUCGGACACCCAGAGAGAGCUCUGGUGCUUUAUUGCAGCAGGAGGGGCUGGGAGGACUUGGUAGUGAGUUUCAGUGCUUGUAAGGGAUGGAUGGGAUCAGCUGGACCCUGUGCCUCCUGAAUCCUUCCAAACAUCACCGAGCUCUGCCAGGAAGCCUUGUGUGCAUGCAGGAAGCAGCCUGGCCCACACCAUCCCCAUCACAAAGCCCUUCUCUUCCAGUGCCCGACUUCCACCCAUAGCAUCAAGUGCUCGGGUUUGUUCAGGAUCAAAGCACAGCCAGGUAGAUGCUGCCUGUCAAAGACAAAGCAUAUUCUCUUCACUUAGGACCAGGUUCAGAUUUGAGCCUGAUUUCUUUGGAGAGAAAAAGAAACCCAGCUGACUUGCAGUGGGAAAACCCUCUGGGCAGUCAGCUUUUCCUGUAAAGGGGGAAGGUUUCUGCUCAGAGUGUGGCCUCAAUGCCUGCAUCUCCCAGUGCCUCUUCCAAGCAUUGUUCUUGGUUCAUUAGGUGAUAAUAGAAAGUGAUUUUUCCCCUGUCACCUUGAGCAAUCGGAGGCAUUAAGAAUGAGAGCCUAAGCCUGAAAGCCUUAAUGAGAGGGUUUGAUGGGUCUGUGUAUCUGCCUCCUUCAUUAGAACUGGAAGCCAGAGGAUUGCUCCCAGAGCUUGCAUUCCUUGAGGAUAAACAGGCAAGGGGAAGGAGCGUGGCCAGGCAGUGCCAGGAGGUGUGAGGUUUGGGGCUUUUUUUCCAUCCCCAGACCUGCUGAGCCUCAGAGAGCUGUUUGCUCCCACCUGUAUGGGUGGGAAGCAGUGGCUCAUCCCACCAUGGACCACCAGCAGGUGUGGUAGGAGCUGGGAGCAGAGGGGACAGGAGGAGCACCAUGAGAUCCUAUUGAUAGGAGGGAUGAGAGCAAAUCUUUUCCUCCCUGGCAGGCAGGCAGGGUUAACCUGGCACCUCCUCCUGCAAGGAGAUGGGAAACACAAGGGACACAUUGGGACAAAGCCAGGAAUUGUGGUGGCUGUUCCGGAUGGGGAUGGGAUGCAGAGCUCUCUUCUUUCUGCCACCUUGUAGGACCUUGUGGGGCAUCUCUUGUGCUGUAUUUAAGGGAUACUUUCUUUUCACUUGCAGGUAGGUUUCCUCCUGCACAGUUGCUCCCAUUUAGCAUCCAAAGACCUCUCCGAGAUGUCAGGUUGCAGUCCGGAGGGGAAGCUCUGCGCACCGCACGGCAGCUCCCGGGGCUGCACCGCUCCAUUAAGCGCUCCGUGGGAGCCGCGCUGGGGAGCCGGGCCGGGGGGGCUGCCCGUGGGCUGCUCCGGGGGAGCCCCGCCACCCCCGGCACCCGGGCGCCAAAGGUGCUCGUGUUGCUGCUGCUGUUGCUGCUGCUGCUGGCGCGUUCCAUCCCAACUCCAGCCAGAGCCGGGGCAAGUUGAGCCGGAGACGUUUGAGCCGCCGCUGCGCUUUGGAGAGACGGGGGAGCGCGGCGGCACCAUGCCUGCUAUCAAGAAGGAGCGACUUGACAGGGAAGAGCUGGCCUUGGCGGCCUUCAACCAACCCAUGGAGACCCUCCCCGACUACCUCGCCCCUCUGGCCGCCGCUGCCAUGCCGGUGGUGGCCCCGCACCCGCCGGCAUACGAGCAGAUCUUCGCCCACCGCGCGUACCUGGGCUUCCACGAGAGCCCCCACCCCCCGCACCCCCCCCACCUCCCCGAGGACCUGAUGCUGGAGAGGUUCUCCUCCAUCCCGGAUUUCCAACCCUUCUUUGACAACGGAGAGCCUUGCAUCGAGGUGGAGUGCGGGGAGAACAAGGCGCUGCUCUACAUCAAUAAGUUGUGCCAGGGGAGCAAAGGACCCUCCAUCCGCUACCGGGGCGAGUGGCUCACCCCCAACGAGUUCCAGUUUGUCAGCGGCAGGGAGACGGCCAAGGAUUGGAAGCGCAGCAUCAGGCACAAAGGGAAAAGUUUGAAGACUCUUAUGUCCAAAGGAAUCUUACAGGUACAUCCUCCAAUCUGUGAUUGCCCUGGGUGUCGAAUUUCGUCUCCAGUGAACCGGGGUCGCCUAGCAGAGAAGAGGACGAUCCCCCUGCCCCCAACCAGGAUCCCCAAGAAAGAGCUGACCUCCAUUUUCUCGCAUAGUGACGACAGCGAAGAGAGUGACAAGGGCAAUGGUCAGCACCCCGAAGUAAAGCAGGAAGAGGAUCUCCAUAUCAAUAUCAUGAAAAGAAGGAUACACACCCACUGGGAUUUAAACAUCUCCUUCCGAGAGACCUCUUGCAGCCGUGAUAACGACCUCUCCACUAUCAUCUCCAACCUGCAUCAGAGCCGCCAGCUCGUUAUGCCAGAGACCCAGAGCCGCUGUGAAUUCAAGAGGAACAGCGUGGAUGUUGGCUUGGGAGCUGCAGAUGACAUUUUAGGCAAGAGAAGAGUAUGCUCACCCAACAGCAGCAGUGAGUGCCCUUUAGAGAGCAAGAAAGCCCGAAGUGAGUCCCCAAAGGAAAACUCCCACACGCCUCUGCUGGAGGACUCGGUGACUCAGAUGACCCCAGAGGAGCACUACAGGCGCAUGAUGUCGGCGCUGAACGAGCACGGCACGUUUGAGGAGCAGCAGCAGCAGCGGCUCUACCAGCUGGCCAACAGCAUGGCAGUGCCCAGCCAUGGAGAUCUCCUCCGGGCUCGGCAGGAGGUGGCGGCGGCGGCGGCUGCGCGGAACCCGGGAGCGAUGGAAGCUCACAUCCCCACUGCUGGCAAUUCGUCCUCGCAGCGCAGGAAGCAGGGCCUCCCCCAGCACAGGGACAGCCACUUCCCUGACAGGGAGAUAACCCACCCACCGCCUCUGCUCUCACCCCAGAACGCUCCCCACAUUGCCCUGGGGCCCCACUUGCGACCUCCUUUCCUCGGGGUGCCUUCAGCCCUGUGCCAGACACCAGGUUACGGGUUCCUACAGCCGGCACAAGCAGAGAUGUUUGCACGGCAGCAAGAGAUGCUACGAAAGCAAAACCUGGCAAGGUUGGAGAUGUCAGCUGAGAUCAUCCGCCAGAAGGAGCUGGAGAACCUUCACCGGCAACGACUGCUGGCUGCUGACCCUCUCAGCCUGCACCCCGGCUUGCCCCCGGAUCACCCCGCCCUGCGCAACGUGCACGACAUCCCCGAGGGUCACCCGCUGCGGGACGAGCUGUCCCGGCGCAACGCCAUGCUGGUGCUGCGGCACAACAACGCACCCCUGCUGUCCCUCAACCCCAGCAUCCCCAGCAGCUCCACGCCGCCCAAGGAACAGCCGCGGCGGGGCAGCCGGAAGGCGGCGCAUCACCGUGCCGAGCCGCAGGGAAGCAGCGAGGCCAAGGAACCGGCGGAGCCGCGGGCGCGGGAUGGAGCGCAGGACUGUAAUGAUGAGGAGAUGAAGGACUCGGAGAGCGACGCCGACGUCAGCGAUGAGAAACCUGAGAGCUUGAAGGCAGAGAGCAGCGGCUCAGCCACGGAGCUGAAGGAGUGCAAAGAGACGGGCAAGGGAUGCGAGGGGGGUAAGGAGCUGGGCGAAGGGACUGGCAGCCAGAAUGCGCCCUGCAGCUCCUCCAGUGCCGAGUCCCCCAGCCACCUGCUUGGUGCUGGCAUCAACAAGAGCGAGGUGAAAUACCUGCCACCAGCUUCCAUCCCGCCGCCUCAGCCGCUGCCUUUCGGUUUCCCAUACACCAUGAGCCCCUACUUCCAUGCAGGCACUAUGGGAGGUCUCUUUCUGGAUGGCGAUGAGAGCCCAGCACUGGAGGACAUCAGCAAAUGGACAGUGGAGGACGUGUGCAGCUUCGUGUCCAACCUGGCGGGCUGCACUGAGUACACUCAGGUAUUCCGUGAGCAGGCCAUUGAUGGUGAGACCCUGCCUUUGCUGACAGAGGAGCACCUGCUGAACAACAUGGGGCUGAAGCUGGGGCCAGCACUGAAGAUACGCUCACAGGUCGCCAAGCGAGUGGGCAGGGUGCUCUACAUGGCUGGAUUCCCCAUGGCCUUCCCCCUGCAGCCCCCAGGGCUGAGGCCACCAGAGAGGGACCUUCCCCCAGCUGAGCUGCGGCCCUCAUCCACGGGCAGUGUGUCCUCCCCAUUCAGCAGUGCUCUGCCCUCUGCCAGCCGUAUCUCCCCGAAGCAGGAGAAUGGGAACCCUUCCAUUGGGGCUGGGCUCAGCGACACCACCAAACCACCAUCCUAACAGCUCCCAGCUGCUCCUGGAACUGAGGAUGGGUCGAAUAAAUGGAAGGUUUGGGGAGCAGGAGAGCCUCCCUUGGCAGCGUGAGACGGAGGAGCGAGGAAGGAGGGUUUGAUUUGUUGUUAUUUGGGAUGCGUUUUGCUUUUUUUUUUUUGCUUAAAAAGAAAAAAAAAAAAC